AUCAGCGUGCAAAGUGAUAGUAGUGAAACCGGCGUUCCUCACCUUAUCAGAUAUACCAAGAAAAAUUACUAUUUAACAACAUAGGAUAGCAAACCCCCAUUGAGAUGUGGGAUUAACUGAUGCCAUUGAGUUGAACCAGUGUAUGCACAAAACCAGUUUUGCCCAACUUCCCAUCCAUCCACCAUCUGAUUACAAGGGCAGUUAUGUUGUUAUUGCUUUAACAACUUGUGAGUGACACAUCAGAGUGUGUGCAAAAAUCCAAAAAAAAGUAUAAGCCGGUCGCUAUCUUUGAUUGUGUUGUUUUCGAUUGGGACGAGUUUCUUCACCUUCGCUCCUUUAGUCGGUUUUCUAACGCGUAGAAGUGAAGAUGUUGUCUCGCAGCGUAUUUCAUUUGAGCAGAUUUUCACAAAAGACAAUCAACAAGCGAUCGGUGCAUCAGCAACAAUUUCGAUGGUUCAAAGUUAACAGCAAAGUGACGAGCAAUGGCGAAUACGGCUCAACGUCGCAAGAAGACGCAAGCACGAACGGAAGCCCACUGUCCACGAUAGCCACGCUGGUAGGAGGGUCGCUACUGACCUACUGGAUUGUAAAGAAGCUGAAGGAUGACUCAUCAAAAGUGUAUGCCAAAGCUGCGGUUUCCAAUCAGCAAGAUAUUAGCAAAGCCCACAAAGAACUACGGAAAGACUUGCCAGUGUACUCGAUGGACGAAGUGGGAGCACACAAUUCUCCCAAGACGGGCAUCUGGGUAACGUACGGAAUUGGAGUGUACGAUAUUACCACGUUCGUUCCUAAACAUCCGGGUAGCGAUAAAGUGAUGCUCGCCGCAGGUAGCGCCAUCGAUCCCUUCUGGCACAUCUUCCAACAGCACAACACCAAAGAGGUGCUCACACUCCUAGAAUCGUUCCGUAUCGGGAACCUCAAGGAAGACGAUGUGAUCUCAACCCAGGAUCAGGCAAACCCAUGGGCCGCUGAACCCAAACGGCACGCCAUCCUGAAACCGACCGCCCAAAGGCCUUUCAAUGCCGAACCUCCGGCUUCGAUUUUGGUGGACGCAUUCCUCACUCCGAACGACUUCUUCUACGUGCGCAACCAUCUCCCAGUGCCGGAAGUGGACAUCAAAGAGUACGAGCUGGAAAUCGAUGUCGAACUGUCGGGCAAGACCAAGAGCAAAACGUUCAAGUACGAGGAUUUACGCAAGCUUCCAAGGCACACGGUCGUUGCGACGAUCAUGUGCGGAGGCAACCGUCGCGGAGAGAUGAUGGAAGUGAAACCUAUCAAAGGGCUAUCCUGGGGUCCUUCGGCAGUUGGAAAUGCCGAGUGGACUGGUGCGCGUCUUUCGGAUGUCCUGAAAGCCAUGGGAGUCGAGUCGGAUGAAACCAGCCACGUGCAAUUCGAGGGCUUGGACGUGGAUCCAACGUCUACACCGUACGCAGCAUCCAUACCGCUGUCCAAGGCCAUGGAUCCACGUGGCGACGUGAUCCUGGCGUACGAAAUGAACGGCGAAACUCUUAACCGCGAUCAUGGCUAUCCGGUGAGGGUGAUUGUCCCAGGUGUCGUCGGAUCUCGUAAUGUGAAGUGGUUAGGUCGGAUUGUGGUCUCCAAGGACGAAUCCGGAUCGCACUGGCAGCAGAACGACUACAAAUCGUUCAGUCCGAGCACGGAUUGGGACACGGUAGAUUUCAAAUCUGCUCCGGCUAUCCAGUACAUGCCGGUGACCUCGGCCAUCUGCAGCCCAGCGAAUGGUGAUCAACUCAAAGCGGAAAAUGGAUACAUCACUGUGAAGGGGUAUGCAUGGUCCGGAGGCGGCCAAGAGGUGAUUCGGGUGGAUCUAACGGCCGAUGGUGGAAACACUUGGAUCGUGGCUGACUUGGACCAAGUGGAGAAGGGUACGGGGAGGGGGCGACACUGGUCGUGGUCCCUGUGGACGGCGAAAAUUCCGGCCAAGCCGGGACAGAAGCUGGAGAUAUGGUCCAGGGCGGUGGACGAUAACUACAACUCCCAACCGGAGACGUUCAAGAAUAUUUGGAAUUUGAGGGGAGUUGUUGGUAAUGCGUACAGUCGCAUUAAAGUUGAUGUUAAAUGAUAAAGGUAUUGUUACACUAUGAAAAAAUGCAUUGAAUAUGAAA